AUGCCUGAGAACGCAGGACCCGUCAUGGAGGAAGAAGUGGAGACCUUUGCUUUCCAGGCUGAGAUUGCUCAGCUGAUGUCCCUGAUCAUCAACACCUUCUACUCAAACAAAGAGAUCUUCCUUAGAGAGCUUAUCUCCAACUCCUCUGAUGCCUUGGACAAAAUCAGAUACGAAAGCCUGACAGACCCCAGCAGACUCGACUCCUGCAAGGACCUGAAGAUUGAAGUCACGCCUGACCUGCUGGCCCGCACUCUCACCCUGAUGGACACAGGUAUCGGCAUGACAAAGGCUGAUCUGAUCAACAACCUGGGCACCAUCGCCAAGUCUGGCACCAAGGCUUUCAUGGAAGCUCUGCAGGCUGGAGCUGACAUCUCCAUGAUUGGUCAGUUUGGUGUUGGUUUCUACUCCGCCUACCUGGUGGCUGAGAGAGUGACAGUCAUUACCAAGCACAAUGAUGACGAGCAGUACAUCUGGGAGUCUGCAGCUGGAGGAUCCUUCACAGUAAAAGUAGACCCUGGAGAGUCCAUCGGCAGAGGCACAAAAGUGAUCCUUCACCUCAAAGAAGAUCAGACAGAAUACUGCGAGGAGAAGCGCAUCAAGGAAGUUGUGAAGAAGCACUCUCAGUUCAUUGGCUACCCCAUUACCCUUUAUGUGGAGAAGACAAGGGAGAAGGAAGUGGACCUGGAGGGAGGAGAGAAGGAGGAGGAAGUUGAGAAAGAUGCUGCUGAGAACAAGGACAAACCCAAGAUCGAGGAUGUCGGAUCUGAUGAAGAUGAAGACUCAAAGGACGGUCAGAACAAGAGGAAGAAGAAGGUCAAGGAAAAGUACAUUGACGCCCAGGAGCUGAACAAGACCAAGCCAAUCUGGACCCGUAACCCUGAUGACAUCACCAAUGAUGAGUAUGGAGAGUUCUACAAGAGUCUGACCAACGACUGGGAAGACCACCUGGCUGUCAAACAUUUCUCAGUGGAGGGUCAGCUGGAGUUCCGUGCUUUACUCUUUGUACCCAGAAGAGCUUCUUUUGACCUCUUUGAGAACAAGAAAAAGAAGAACAACAUCAAGCUGUACGUCCGCAGAGUCUUCAUCAUGGACAACUGCGAUGAGCUCAUCCCUGAGUACCUCAAUUUCAUCAAGGGUGUGGUGGACUCUGAGGAUCUGCCCCUGAACAUCUCCAGAGAGAUGCUGCAGCAGAGCAAGAUCCUCAAAGUCAUCCGCAAGAACCUGGUCAAGAAGUGCCUGGAGCUCUUCACUGAGCUCUCAGAGGACAAGGACAACUACAAGAAAUACUACGAGCAGUUCUCCAAGAACAUCAAGCUUGGUAUCCAUGAAGACUCCGCCAACAGGAAGAAGUUGUCAGACCUGCUGCGUUACUUCACCUCAGCGUCCGGAGAUGAGAUGAUUUCCCUGAAAGAAUAUGUUUGCCGCAUGAAGGAGAACCAGAAACACAUCUACUACAUCACUGGUGAGACCAAAGACCAGGUGGCUAACUCUGCCUUCGUGGAGCGCCUUCGCAAAGCUGGCCUUGAGGUCAUCUACAUGAUCGAGCCCAUCGAUGAGUACUGUGUCCAGCAGCUGAAGGAGUAUGAUGGCAAGAACCUGAUUUCAGUAACCAAGGAAGGCCUGGAGCUGCCUGAGGAUGAUGAUGAGAAGAAGAAGCAGGAGGAGCUCAAAACUAAAUUUGAAAACCUGUGCAAGAUCAUGAAGGACAUCCUCGACAAGAAGAUAGAAAAGGUCACAGUCUCCAACCGCCUGGUCUCCUCCCCAUGCUGCAUCGUCACCAGCACUUAUGGCUGGACGGCUAACAUGGAGAGGAUCAUGAAGUCCCAGGCUCUGAGGGAUAACUCCACCAUGGGCUACAUGACAGCAAAGAAGCACCUUGAGAUCAACCCCGACCACCCCAUCGUGGAGACCCUGAGGCAAAAGGCAGAGGUUGACAAGAACGACAAGGCUGUUAAGGACUUGGUUAUCCUUCUGUUCGAAACAGCCCUGCUGUCUUCAGGAUUCACACUGGAGGACCCACAGACACAUGCCAACCGCAUCUACAGAAUGAUCAAGCUGGGUCUUGGCAUUGAUGAUGAUGAUUCUGCAGUUGAGGACCUCAUUCAGCCUGCCGAUGAAGACAUGCCAGUCUUGGAGGGAGAUGAUGACACAUCAAGGAUGGAGGAAGUUGACUAAACUACAUUAAUAAUUAGUAUUUUUGUAAAUUACCUAGCAUCUUCUAAAAUACAUUUCAUCUCAACAGAACA